GAGAGACACCCCUUCCAGAGUAAUAAUAUUAGGGUCGGCCUGUCUACUUUGCUAAACAUGUGACCACACCGCGCCGUGUCGAUGCUUACAGCGCCAGCGCCGCUUUACAGAAGCAGAACCCCCUACAGCAUCACAGCCGAGCGGUAGGUACAGUAAGCCAAGAUGGACCUGAAGGAUCAGGGCGCUCAGAUGGAGCCGCUGCUUCCCACGGUAAUAACACCUUCCAGAGGAAGAACUGUGAGAGGUGAUGAGGAGGCUGUGGUGGACAGAGGAGGCACUCGCUCUACGUUGAAGGCCAAUUUAGAACAAGAAGAGCUAGAGGGUCACAGAACAUUGUAUAUCGGGGUGCAUGUGCCUCUGGGACGCCGAAGCCACAGACGUCACCGCCAUCACGGCCACAGACACAGGAAGAGGAGCAGAGAAAGAGACUCAGGAGUGUGUGAUGGACGAGAGUCACCUACAUAUGACACACCAUCUCAGAGGGUCCAAUUUCUUCUGGGAACUGAGGAUGAUGACGAAGAGCAUAUUCCUCAUGACCUCUUUACCGAGCUGGAUGAAAUUUGCCUGCGUGAUGGAGAGGAUGCUGAGUGGAGGGAGACAGCUAGAUGGCUAAAGUUUGAGGAGGAUGUGGAGGAUGGAGGGGAGCGCUGGAGUAAGCCCUAUGUGGCCACACUCUCUCUGCACAGCUUAUUUGAGUUGCGUAGCUGCAUCAUCAAUGGCACAGUGCUGCUCGACAUGAAGGCCAACUCCCUAGAGGAAAUUGCAGACAUGGUGUUGGACCAGCAGGGAGCUUUGGGUGAACUUGAUGAGGAAGUAAGAAAAAAAGUCAGAGAGGCUCUGCUUAAGCAGCACCACCAUCAAAAUCACAAGAAGCUGGCCAACCGUAUUCCUAUAGUCCGAUCUUUUGCUGACAUCGGCAAGAAACAGUCCGAAUCUAACUCUAUGGAUAAGAAUGGUGGCUCAUCUUUCUGUUCAGCCCUUAAGUCUUCUCUUUGGGGUUCAUUUAACUGUGAUGGGAGGUGCAGGCAGGUGUUUUCCUGCUCCCCUCAAUGCCGCACUUCUAGUGUCUCCAUCUCGUCUCCACUCCUCAAAUCGUCCACCUCCACCUCCUCCAACCGAACCCACACACACAUCUCACAGCAAUCCUCAAAACAGGCACACACUGACCAGGACCCAGGCCAGACGAUCCUCCCACAGACCCAGUCUAGUGUACCCGACCUCAAGCCAGAGGUCACAAGAGACUGCAGUAGUGUGGAUUUCAGUAAGAUAGACCUGCACUUCAUGAAGAAGAUCCCUGCUGGGGCCGAGGCUUCUAAUAUUCUGGUUGGAGAGCUGGAGUUCUUGGAGAAACCUGUAGUGGCAUUUGUACGUCUCUCACCUGCAGUCCUUCUCAAUGGCCUAGCAGAAGUUCCCAUAACCACCAGGUUCCUCUUCAUUCUGCUCGGGCCUUUGGGUAAAGGAUCACAGUACCAUGAGAUUGGCAGGUCCAUCGCAACCCUGAUGACUGAUGAGGUCUUUCAUGAUGUUGCAUAUAAGGCUAAGGACCGCAAUGAUCUGGUGGCUGGAAUUGAUGAGUUCCUUGACCAAGUAACGGUCCUACCCCCGGGUGAAUGGGACCCAUCGAUCAGAAUCGAGCCACCGAAAAAUGUCCCUUCUCAGGAGAAGAGAAAAAUCCCUGCUGUCCCCAACGGAGAGCUGGCAGAGUCUGAGGAACAUGGGGGGCAUGGAGGCCCUGAGCUACAGCACACCGGGAGGCUGUUUGGUGGGUUUUUCCUGGACAUAAAGCGCAAGGCACCACAUUACCUAUCUGACUAUGUGGAUGCUGUCAGCCUGCAAUGUGUGGCUUCAUUCCUAUUCCUCUACUGUGCCUGCAUGUCACCUGUCAUCACCUUCGGAGGACUGCUAGGGGAGGCCACAGAAGGAAGGGUUAGUGCUAUCGAGUCUCUCUUUGGUGCAUCGAUGACUGGAAUUGCUUACUCCUUGUUUGCUGGCCAGCCUCUCACCAUCCUUGGCAGUACUGGUCCUGUGCUGGUUUUUGAGAAGAUUUUAUUUAAAUUCUGCAAGGAGUACGGGUUGUCCUAUCUGUCCCUCAGGGCAUGCAUUGGCCUUUGGACAGCUUUCCUCUGUCUGCUACUGGUGGCUACUGAUGCCAGCGCCCUCGUUUGUUACAUCACUCGGUUUACAGAAGAAGCCUUCGCCUCUCUCAUCUGCAUCAUUUUCAUCUAUGAGGCUCUGGAAAAGCUGAUCCACCUUGGCGAGACCUAUCCUUUUAAUAUGAACAACAACCUUGAAAAACUCACCACCUAUUCUUGUGCUUGUUUAGAGCCAGUGAACCCCAGCAAUGCCACUCUGCAGUAUUGGGAGCAAAACAACAUAACAGCAUCAGAAAUCUACUGGGAGGCUCUGGAAGUGCAGGACUGCAUAGAGAAGAAGGGGAUGUUUGUAGGCUCAGCCUGUGGUCCUCAUGGUCCCUAUGUCCCUGAUGUGCUCUUCUGGUGUGUUGUGCUUUUCUUCUCCACUGUGGCCAUGUCUGCUUUUCUUAAAGAAUUCAAGACCAGCCGAUACUUUCCCACCAGGGUCAGAUCAAUCAUCAGUGAUUUUGCUGUGUUUUUUACCAUUUUAACCAUGGUUCUGGUGGACUACGCUUUAGGUGUCCCUUCACCCAAACUGCAGGUCCCCAACAAGUUUAAGCCAACACGAGAUGACCGAGGUUGGUUUAUUAACCCACUGGGUCCGAACCCGUGGUGGACUUGUAUCAUAACAGUGAUCCCCGCUCUUCUUUGUACCAUCCUUAUCUUCAUGGACCAGCAGAUCACUGCGGUCAUCAUUAACAGGAAGGAACACAAACUUAAGAAAGGCUGUGGUUACCACCUGGAUCUGUUUGUGGUGGGUGUGAUGCUGGGUGUGUGUUCACUGAUGGGACUGCCCUGGUUUGUGGCAGCUACGGUGCUUUCUAUCUCACACGUGAACAGCCUGAAGCUGGAGUCUGAAAGCGCCGCCCCAGGAGAGCAGCCUAAGUUUCUUGGCAUCAGAGAACAGCGUUUAACAGGCCUUAUGAUUUUUCUCCUGAUGGGGUGCUCUGUCUUCAUGACUUCCAUGCUUAAGUUCAUCCCCAUGCCUGUCCUCUAUGGAGUGUUUCUUUACAUGGGAGCAUCAUCACUAAGAGGAAUACAGUUCUUUGACAGGUUGAGGCUAUUUGGGAUGCCAGCUAAGCACCAGCCAGACUUUAUCUACUUGAGGCACGUUCCUCUGCGGAAGGUUCACUUAUUCACCAUCAUCCAGCUCAGCUGCCUGGUGCUCCUUUGGGUCAUUAAGACGUCCCGAGCUGCCAUCGUCUUUCCUAUGAUGGUUCUUGCUUUGGUAUUUAUCCGGAAGCUGCUGGAUUUUAUCUUCACUAAAAGAGAGUUGAGCUGGCUGGAUGACCUCAUGCCAGAAAGUAAGAAAAAGAAAAUGGAGGAUGCAGAAAAAGAGGAGGAGCAAAGUAUUCUGGCAGAAGAAGAGGGAGUAGUACAAGUGCCGUUGGAAGGACAUUACAAGGAUGAUCCUUCAUCUGUGAACAUCACGGAUGAGAUGUCUAAAGCCUCAUUUGGAAACACUUGGAAGGCAGUCAGCUCUGAUGGCUCAAAAAAGUGAACCAGUCACAUAAAGUUUCUGAGGACUUCAGUUUACACACAACCUGCAGUGGCAGUGGAAAUCAAAGAGAUGAAAGAAAAGAGAACUGUCAACAUAAUGACAAGCCUUUGACCUGCGUCUCCUUCACUGUGGUCUCACACACAAACACACACUGAUAUCAUGUGCCACAUGUUUCUGCUCAUAUGUCUUGUCUUGUGUGCUCAUAUUUGUCCAAGUUUUUGCUCUUUUUUUUUUAGUGCUUUAUUAGAUUUUAUUUAUAAUUUAAAGAUGCUUUUGCGUGGUUAAUUGUCAAUUUCUUUAACUUUAUAUGUAUUUUCUGUUUAGCAAAAUAAAACGAUACCAGCAGGUGAAGGUGAGGAAUGGUGACUGUAAAAGUUAUAGAGUGUGUUGGAAAAGCUAGAAACUAUUCUAAAAACUAUUUUUGAUUUUAACUGGAUUUAUAUGUAUUUUCUAUGUUUUGUAUUUGUAAAUGUUACAGUCUUUUUCUUGUUAUUUAACAUAUAAUUAAAUCCAACUAAACAAAAAAAUAUUUAGAAGACUAAUGGUAGAUUUAACAUAUAAGUAUCAAUGUUAAGACUUGCAUUCUUUAUCAUUAUUAUUAUUAAUACUGGAUGUAUUUUUCUUUUUUUAGUUAGAAUAAAUGGCGAACUAUGGUACUGCUUAUUAUUUUGUUAACAGAGUAUUACCUCAGAAUAGAGGCUUAGGCUAUUACAAUUUAUUGCAUUGUAAUUAAAAAGAUUUUCUCAUUUUAAUUAUGUAUUUGCUAUAUUUUCAGAUGACUAUACUAUAUGUUAAAAUGUUUAUCUGAUGUCUGAUAAUUGAUCUAGAGAAUGAUUUUGUAGGCUGUGUGUUGAUUCUGUCAAUAUGCCAAAGUCCAAAUAGAUUUUUCUGAUAGCUUGGUCAUUGCACAUCUCUGAUUAAAUAAUACCACAUGGCAGUUUCUCAGUACCAGCAUGUUAUACACAGGAACCGUCUGAAGUGUUGUGGGAAACAUCAACAACACAGAAAUGACAUACCUUUUUUUGUAAAUGUUCUGAAGGGCAUUUCUCUACAGGUCAUAAUCCUCAGUUUAAGGUUUCUCAAAUAAUCUAUCAGGGGUAUAAUAUAACUUGAGACUAAAUGCAAUAUUAAUCUAGAAGGGCAAAAUGAAAGAUAUAUAAGUGGAUUUACUUUGUA